AUGACAGACGAAUCGAUGGCGGUUUUUUUGUGUGUUCGACCAUUAGAAGAUCAUAUUGGUCCAACAGGGUAUAAAAUUGAAAAAUUCAUCUGGGGUGAUGGUCGUGCAUCACAUGCAUUUCUUAUGGUGUGGCCUCUAAAUGAUACUCAAUUAACAGUAAUUGAAAUUGAGUAUCGUGGCGUUAAAAAGAUGAUAUUAAGUACUAAAGAAGUUGACGGCUUUCUAUCCUCAAUUGUUCAAAUAGAAUUUCUUGGUUUAACAUCAUAUAAAUUAGAUGAUUUAAUUAAUAAUGCUAAACAUUAUAUAGAAUUAAAUCCACAUUACAAUGCCGUAUGUAACAAUUGUCGAACAUUAGUCGAAUAUUUACUCAACAAAAUUCCUGAAUUUUGUAGUUUACCGCGUGAAAAACAUUCUGUUCUAGAAUAUUAUCAUCAACAAUCGAAAAUCAAUCAUAAAACACAAAUGGAACGAUUUAUUGAAACAAAUGGAAAGAAAAAAUUAUACAAAUCGAUAAUACAAAGUUUGCAAAACAACAAUUCAAAUGAACUAACACAGUUCGAUAGUAUCAAUAACAAACCAUUGCCCUUAAUUUCAAACGAACCAACAGAUUUAAAAGAAAAAAUUCGUGAAUUAUUAAUGUUAGCGACACUGCCAUCGAAGUUUUCUUCCACCUCUACUCUAGAAACAGACUCGCAAUAA